UCCCGCUUGCCCCAGCGUGUGUGUGUGCGCGCCUGUACGACACUCGUGCUCGUGCUUGGUUGCCAUGUGUCCGGCGCGCGCUUUCGUGCCAGUAACGUUGCACACCAGAGGGGAUGAACGUUGCUGGGGUGUGCUGGCGGAGGAGUGCCAUAAGCCUCCCCCUUUUGGUGGGGUGGUGGAUGAUGUUGGUUUGCGAUGCUCGGGUCGGUCGAGUCUGGCUCACCGUGCUGCUUGGUUCAGUCUGUAAAAAAGUCGCGUCCGAAGCGGUAGCCUCCGGAACGGCGCGUGUAGCCCGGCUACCCAGGAACACAACACGCACACGCACACACACAGACACACGAAAGCGGAGUUGUUUUGUUUGGAGUAAAAUAAUAGGCAAACAAACAAGAAAAUAAAAUAAAAAUAAAAUAAAAAAGGAAACAGUAACAAGGACCUGUUUCUGCAAGUGUUAACGCGCGCGCGAUCCGCUGUGCCCGGACGAUACACGGACACGAUGAGAUGUGACGAAAUGAUUAGUUAGGUGUUUUAUCGUUGGUGAAGUUUACCUGACCAAUAUGAAUGUAUCUUACCGUAGUAGCAACAAGUUAAGCGCAAGAUAGUAUGUGAAAAAAUAUAUUGUGAUAACGUAAAAGUGUGUAACAAGAGCAAAGUGGUGUAAAAAUCGACCAUUAUCACUAUACAACUACCUCACUGCAGUACCACACACACACACAGUACAAUCCGGAUGUCGUUGGGCGAGCUUCAAAGAAGUAAUUAAAAACUACAACUUCACAGUGAUCAGCAAUCACGAUGGCUGCCUCAGUCUAUGCAACACCGCCACCCGAUCUUAGCGGCGAAGAAGCAGUCUUGAGUGAUGCAUCAAACUCGUCGCAAACCAACAGUUCCCACAGUUCCACGCUGAAAGCUUCCAAGCGUACGCUCUCGUCAUCGUUCCUAAAUGCAGCAACAACGCAAAGCAGCACCACUACCUCACAGCUCAGCUCGGACUCGCUGCCCGAUCUGUCCAAGAAGCGGCGCAAGCAAUCGAUGCCGAUUCGAUUUUCGGCCAACGGUACGGCCAUCGAAGUGUCGGCAGCGACCGGCACCGAGACAGUUGUCGAUGAGCGAUCGCUAGAUGGAACGCGCGAAAACAUUCAAGAUGCGCCAGAAGACGAUCAGGAGCGCACCGAAGCCAACAGCGCAUCGAAUCCCACCAGUCCGGCGAUGGAAAACGGGGACGACGAGAGUGCAGCGUUGCUGGAAGAGCAGCAGAACAACUUUCAGAAGAUAUUUCUAUCGAACCUUAGUCAAUUACAGCAAAAGCACCUACAACUGCAGCAGCAGCAACAAAGCACCGAAGGGUUUCUAGGCCUAACCAAUCCGGGCACGUCUCUUCCCGAAAACUUCCUCACUUCCAAGCUGAAUAGUUUCAUCGCUCUGAGUGGCGCUCGCGCAGAUCGGGAAUCGUCCUCCGGGCCGAGAAGUGACGACGAGCAGGAAGUGGCCGAUGAUCGUGCGCAAUCCAACGCCGACGAACCACAGAGACGACAAAGUCGUGAGCAAUCUCCGGCUGGGAAAAAUGUAUCAUCAGCCGAAGGUGUCCUGAAGCCUCGGGAAACCGAUCCGGAGCGGAAGACACUGUCUCCACCGGGAGCCAAGUCUGUUUCUGGGACGGAAGGAGAAGAAAAGGUAGCCGAACAACCAUCCACUACCACUAGCCCACCAAAGAUAUCCCUCAAAAAGGAACUCCUGAUGGACCCGGAAUGGGAUGGCGAGAUUCGUAGCAACAUGCCGAAAGCGGACGACUGGAUAUCGAUCGCCGGGCUAUCGUUCCCAUUCCCACCAGAAGCGGCCGCCGCACUGUCCGCGUCGGGGUAUCUGCCCCAGCUGCCACUGUUAGGUGUGCCGACAGUGUCCGCGUUCGGCUCGUCCGGUGACGGUAGCAAUCGGCCAGGAGUACCUCCAUUGCGCAUCUUCAAUCCGGAAGCGUACUGCGAUCUAUGCAACAAGGAGUUUUGUAACAAGUACUUCUUGAAGACACAUAAGGCGAACAAGCACGGCAUCUACGAACCAGCACCCGGCAACGGUAGUUCGGACGUCGCUAGCUCGGCACUGUCGGCCAUGAACAAUCCCUUCAAUCCAAUUCAUCAGCUAUCGCAGGUGUUCCAGAUGCAGCAACAGCAACACUCCAGCGUCCCUAUCGCUGGCGAGCAAAUAGAGAAGCUCUCCAGCCAUCACACUGCUGCUUCGGAUGCGGAACGUUUGCAGUCUCAGGCGAUGUUGCAAUCACAUGCCCAAUCCAUGACAGCCGGUCAACAAAAUCAACCAGCGGCCGGGAAAACGAUGCCACAGCUGCCGAUGCGUUCGGCCCAUUCUCCAAAGGUUUCCGUGGUACCAAAUCAAAUUCAACCCACCGUCUUUUGCGACAUUUGUUUCAAGAAAUUCAGCAGCCUCAGCGCAAUGCGUAAACAUCGCAGCAAGGCCCACGAGCUGUCAAACAGUAACCAUCAGUUGCAACAACAGCAGCAGCAGCAGCAGCAACAACAACUGCACCAGCAACAGCAACAGCAACAACUUCAACAACAACUUCAGCAACACUUGCAGCAACAGUAUCACCAGCAAAUGCAGACACAGCAGCAACAUGCAAAGCUCGCCGUAGCGAGACAGGAAGCAUCAGAUUCCGGACUAGAAGCAUCGUCCGUGGGAGGACCACUGCAGCUGCCCGAUGGUUUCCGAGAGGAUUACACCAUCGAGCAGGAGGAUGCUACAUUUACUCCACAGCCGCGCAAACUAUCGCCCCACUCGAUGCAGGCGGCCAAGGAGGCCAACUUCUCGGCCGACAAGUUACGUCGCCUCGGUGUUGUCAAUCCGGAGGCAUUCUGCGAGAUUUGCUGCAAGGAGUAUUGUAACAAAUAUUUCCUGCGUACCCACAAGCUCAAGCGUCACGGCAUCCUGCCGACAGCGGACGAACUGAAGGAUGAGGGCCGCCAGCCGUGGGCACCGUUCCUGCAAACGAGCCCACUGAACCUGAUCAUGGGUGGUACGGCGGCCGAUGUGGUGAACGCCCAGAUGGCUCUGCAAGCGGCAUCUCCUUCUUCGCUAAGAAAGCUAAUAACGGCGGGCGAGUUGGGUAACGAUUCGGUCGCGAUCGAGGGCGCCAAGGGAGUGGAGAUCAAACGUGAACAGUCGCCAUCGGUGAAAAUGGACAAUGGAGGUGGUGAUUCGGAUGAUCAGCAGCAGUCCGAGGGAGGCAUCCCCGGAACGAGCAGUGCGGAUGAUGCUGGUCGCGACGGUGGUAGUGAUGAAGACGCAGAGGCGAUCAGUGUUGAUCUGCAGAAGCUGCAAUCGAUGAUCAUGCAGCUGAACGAUCUGAACAGUAUCCAGCAGCAGCGCAAAGUGGGUUGUGGCGUGUGCGGCAAGGAAAUGGCUAACCAGUAUCUCCUGCAUGCGCAUAUGAUUCAAGAGCAUGGUGCACUGGGCAUGGACAAUAAUAACGGUCCAAAGGGCUCCCGUGCUCCGACCCCGAACGAUCUGCCCGAGACGUGCAAGCACUGCGACAAAGAGUUUGCAAACGUGUACAUGUUGAAGCAGCAUUUGGUUGAGGUGCAUGGAAGUUUGUCGAGUAUGCCGAGCCCCAAACGUGAGGGUUUUAUCACACCAGAGCGGCCGACCACUGUACCAGCUGGAGUCGGUAAUGGCGGCACGGGCAGUGGCGGUGGAGCCACCAUCCCGAUGCCACCCGGUGCUCCCGCAUAUGGCGAACGUAAACCAAGCUACUCGCUGACACCUACCAGCAGCUAUUGCGAGAUUUGCAACAAGGAGCUGUGCAACAAGUACUUCAUGAAGACGCACAUGCAGCGCAUGCAUGGCAUCGAGAUCGAGAAUGGGGCGCAGAUCGGUGGCGUCGUCUGCAACAUUUGCAACAAGGAGCUCUGCAGCAAGUAUUUCCUCCGGGUGCACAAACACAACACGCACGGCAUCGUGGAGGAAGGGGCCCCGCUACCGCAACCUCGUCAGAAUGGCUCAUCAGCAAUAGCCGGUGUAGGUGAGCUGGGAGCGGGAGAGUCCGGCGACGGUGGGUCCUUCCCGGGCAGUGACUUAAAGCCGGGCGAGGUGAGCGAUCUCAGCAAUCGCUACUACUCACAUUUCACUGAAGUGUGCCCGCUGUGCAGCCGACGAUUCCGCAGUGCAAAGUGGUUACGGGCGCAUCUCUUGAGCGACCACGGGAAGGUUGGUGUCGAGAAGCUAAAGGACAUCGAGCAGAAGCUUGGUUCGAACACGCCGAACGGAAGUUCUAUGGUGGGCAACGGUGCCAAUGCAGGAGGUGGCAGUGGAAGCAGCCGGAGCAAAUCCAACAGUCCUUCGCUGAAGGUACCGAACGGGUUGAAUGAAGGCAAGUUUGGUUCCAAAUCACCGUUCGGAGGUUUAAGCCCAGCCGAGGCAGCCAAGUUCCUGCCCAAGGGUACCACCAUUCCUACACUGUUCGGGCCCGAUCAACCGACCUCUCCAAUCGGCGGUCUGAAGGGAUACCAAUGCUCGUACUGCUCUUUCGCAACGCCGCUUUUGCCACUGCUCUUCAUUCACGAACGGUCGCAUUCGAGCUUGACUAUCGUGCAGCAGCAGUUGCUACAGCAACAGCAACACCAUCAGCAAGAGGAAGCCCAAGCGGCGGCUGCCGCAGCAGCAGCAGCAGCUCUCGGUGCAGCGCCCUUCGUUCCGCUGCUCAAGUCCGAAUCGGCCGUCUCACUGGCGAAGGAUCAAUCCGCCAAUCAGCUGAUGCCUGGUACGUCAUCCGAAACGCCCUCUUCUACGCCAGCAUCCACCCCGGUACCUUCGCUGUCGCAGGAGGCGCUCAACUUACGUCAGCAGACCCGAUCCCAGAGCCCGGAACGUGCCGCAUCUCCUCGCGACGCAGACCCACCAGCCCGCACGGACACGAAACCAACCUCACCGAAGCCAGCCUCUCCGCCGUCCGUUGCCGGCAGCGAGCCAACUGCGAUGCUGUCGGAGGUGGCCAACAUUACCCAACGGCCAGCUGUGUACGCGCUGCCCCAGCAAAGUGGCCCGCUCAUGAUGCAAUCGUUCCUGAUCGAGGAGUCGCUGAGUGACGGUGCUGGGGGACGCUCGCCGAAGGAUGCCACCGACCGGUCGGAUGGACCGCUAGGGCAGGAUCACAGGUUCGUACCAGCUGUUGUUUUCUUACCCGUUAAGGAGCGUAUCCUUACGCCGAUGACAAUAUCGUUCAAUCUGAGUCCCGCCUAGGGAGAUCUCAGGAUAAACUGGAGCUUCCGGGACAACCCUGUCUGCAGGCUCGUCUAGUCAAAGGUUCCGAGCUGCGGCAGCAGUUGAAAUGGAUGAAUUGAAAUCAAAAUGUAUCGCAAAGAAAAUCCGCAAAUACGUACGUAAAACUUAUCCUCUAAAAACCAAACCCCAACUAACCUAUCGCAAAAGUAUGAUUAUGAAAGCUAGUGAAUGUAAAACCGUAAAUUUAGCUUAGUAUCGUUACUAGGGCAGUUAACGCACUGCCGGUAACCUGUGGAGAUGGUGUGAAGAAGAAAGAGCCGUAAAACAAGAUGCUAUUGUUUCAUUUUUGAAGACACUUAUAGAGAAUUUCAAACACACACACAGCAAAAUGGGAGUCGAUCGAUAUAGUUUAGCCUCAGGGUAAUAUCCAACACGCCUUUGGAUACAUUGGAAAAAGGAACUCCAAAGAAAGGGCCAUGAUAAAACCAACCUCCUGCACAUCAGAGGCGUACAGGCAGUGAAUAUUUCAUCUGGAUGGAAGCGCAAGACUGAAUCAACUGAGAGUAAACUACAAACUGCGAAGAAUAUUUAAAGUCUCUGUGCCAUCUAUAAAUGUUCGGAAGGAUCGGUUUUAACCGUACUGUGUAAAGCUUUUUAACCAAACGCUCGUUUUUUGUCCAUCAAUAAUUGCUCUAAACCUCUGUACAAAUUAAGAUCAGAUGUUGCAUUACAUCCAGCGGGCAGCAAAAAAGCAAAAACUAGUAGAUGAUUUGAAUUUGAAUGGACAAAAAAAAAAGGAAGAAGGAAAGUGGUAUGAAGAAGUAAAGAUUUGCAAUGAAUCUAGGUGUUUUGACUCUAAUCCAUGAAAAAAUAAGGCAAAUUAAUCAAAAACGUAAAUCAUAAAGUAGUAAAGCAUGCGGGGGAUUUUAUAGCUUCGAGGUGUAAGCUUUGGCGGUGGUUCGCCGUGCGCGGUGUAAAGGGAAAAGGCUAACUUCUUCGUGAUGUUCUAACAAAGUUCCUAUUAUGAGUAAAACUGAAACAAUGACAAAGCAACGUUGUAUUUCUGCGGGUAUGAUAGAUUUUUUUGAAGGAAAAAGUCUUACAAGAAGGUCCGGGACGUGGACGAUAGCGUAGAAGUACAAUGACCACGGUCGGAAAAUCGGCGCUGAUUUGCCUAAUUUGCAUGCUAUUUAGUGGUUGCGAAUUAUUUACGCACCAACACUUACACACACACCCAGACACAUUUCAUCAUGCGGGAGAGAAUAUUUAGAAAGUUAUGUUUUAUUUAGUUACGAGUAUUAGUGUAGCAUAAGAGUAGUAGAAACCUAAAACAAAGACAAAGUGCAAACUAACCCUUAACGCGAAGUUCCACUUACCAAAGAGAAGAAAAUAAGAAAUGGGAAAUCGCAUACAUUUACUCAGGGUAUUCAAUGGUACAAUGCAAAACAAUGCAACAAAACACUAACCAAACGCAGCAUUGCCAGGAUAAAUGCUGUGCAUCACACUGUUCAGGGAAUAACAAAGGUAUUAAGUGGCAUCGUAAGGCAAACACACCGGAAACAAACACCGAAAGUUACCAGCAUACACAGUAGAUCCUGUACAGUACAAGAGAUUCUAUUUUAAAGUCGAAGAUCGUUAGUAGUGUGACAUCGGUAAGAAGGGAACCGUCCGUUCCCAGUUUGAUAUUGUUAGCGACAGGCGACAGGCAAACACAAGUUUGCACCACUUCCUCCUUCAGUACGUAAUAUCGUAAUGUUCAACAGAAAAAAAAACCUAGUCAAAACCAAACCAAAGGGCUAUUAAGUCAUUAAACAAAAUCUACCAUUUGUAGCAUAUAUAUAUACAUAUACAUAAUACAAGCAUACAUACAUAUAUCCUAGCGUAAUUACAAACACAAAAUCCUAAGCUACGUAGUACGCUGUACCCUGUCUCAACUGCAACGCUCCCUACCUCUUUGCAAAAGAAGUUACCACUGAGGCUCGUUUGACUAUUUUUUUUUUAUCACACGGAGCAUCUAGGGCUAGGUUUUUUGGGCAAUCGAUCCCAUUUUCGUUUACUGAUAUCGAUAGGGGCAACUGUGUAAGCGAACCGUACAGUACAGAUGGACAUAGGUACGAUCCCUAGGAUAACAACUCGUUGUACAUAAUAGAAACGCUUACUUUUUCAAAACGUGGUUCCGUUCGAUGUUCAGUAUCCGCUCCGAUAGUAUGCGCCCCAUUAGUUGGUUUCCGAGCCUCUCUGUUUUAGUGUCCCGUUCGGUAGGAGUAAUUGCUGUUGCUGUCAGUGAAACCUGUGUAGUAGAAGCCAGUAGAAUGCUUCACCGCGAGUAAUGAAGUAAAUCCUAAUGAGGAGAAGCUAAUCCAAAAACCACCCUCAAAUAUGGUAGAAUGCAGAGGGAAGGUGAAAACACAUAAACACUUGUGAAGGAGACACCAGGUGCAACUUCACACUGCGGGUGUGAAGCGCAAGAAAUACGGCGCACCAAACACACUUCAAAAUCGGCGAUCAUCUAAACUUACCUUUCUCAACCCUACCGAGUGCGGAAUUUCGCCAAGCGAUUCCGAACGCUGGAUGACCACCUGCUGGCAAUGGAGUAUCGGCACUGAGUGUUGUAAUGAAACUAGAACCGGAUUGAACUAGAAGAUGGGUUGACAACAGCUAAACAGCAGCCGCGAUGAAGCCAGCAAACAAGAUUGACAUGAUUUUCUUAUAAAAAACUUUCGUUGCAUCAAGUAAGAGAAACAAACAAAGGAAGAAAGAGAGAGGGACAGACCGAGAGAGAGAGAGAAAACAAGAGCGAAGGAUAAUGGGCUUUGAAUGCGUAACAUGAUGAUAAUACCACGUUUUCGGCAAUUGCUAUAAAACAAAACUAAAACAACAAAUGGAACUGUACAAUGCUGUGUGCCUUUUUUUUAGCAAUUGCAGAUAACGAUCAAUAAACGUGUACAUUCUUGACGGGGCAAGGAUCAGGAGCGUGCGAAAACCAAAGGAAGUGAGUGAAGAUGGAAAAUCUGACAUCAAAUGACGUAAUUGCCGGGGGAAAAAACCCCCCCGAACCUUAAGUAGGAUGUUCAAAGCGUUGUUCGAUUGUUAGGAUUAAUUAUUAAUAUUUCAUAUAUUUGUAAUAUAUAAUUUCGGGUGAUAUAUGAAGUGUUGUAAUUAACGGUGGACGGAAGUUACGGUUCAACGCGCGAACGCAACAACACGGAACGUCGUAAUAAGCGAGUGCAAACAAUAAGGAUAAUAAACCAACGUUAACGAACUGCUGCAGUGUAAGAACGAUCAACCAACUCUGAUCCAAUCCUACCGUAAUCUGGUAAAAAAACGAUAUGAAGGAACAUUUGUUUCAUAGGAGAGAACUACACAGAAGCAAACCAACGGUCAUAUUGAAACAGUUUUCCUUACAAAACUUCAAAUAGACAACGCAAGAAAAGACAACGGUAGACAUGACAAAGAAAACUUCGCUGUAGGAUCACAUCUGGCGCCUGAUCGAAUAAUAGCUAAUAAUCGCGCACCGUCGACAGUGGAUGACAAGCCGAAACAAACCCGGCAAUGCGAAAGGAACCCAUCUAUGUCCCUCCUCUACAAGCUACUUGUGAACAUUUCUGAUUUCCGUAUAGAAUGUUGUACAUUUUAGGUUGUGUUGACAGAUCGUGCUGAACCUUUGCUUGGGAGCGUUCGCACCCUAUUCCUGCUAUCUUCUUAACAUGACUAAACCGUGGCAUACGACCCCACGCCAGAACGAA